AUGAAACUAACUAAAAAUGUUGGAAUACCUGUUAUUGCUGUGAUCUUAAUAAUAUCAUUCAAUAAUGUUCGCCCAGGAGAAGCAGCAACUGUUAGCGGAUCUUCACAAAACGUGAUUUGGUACUUCUUUAAAAUGAAGUUUUGGACUUUUUGGUUUAACAGUGAUGCAGAGAUUUCUGAGAUUGAUGUUCAAAUUUCUGCAAGCAAAAGUGAAUGUGUUAAAGGUUUGGUUUCUAAAAAUAAUAAAAAGAUAAUUUAUUUACCUACGAGAGUUUAUGAAAAAUUUCCUAAUCUAAUUGGUUAUGAAAUUAAAAAUGGUGUUGUAAAAACUAUUGAAUACAAGCAUUUUGAAAAACUUACGGAGCUUCAAUUAAUUGAUUUAUUCGACAAUUAUAUAUCUACUAUUUCAAAUGACGCAUUCAAGGAUUUAACAAAAUUGAAAAGUUUAAAUUUAGCAGAUAAUGUUUUGAAAAGUAUUGAUCGAUAUACAUUUGACUCAGUUAAAAAUUUAAGGAAUUUAUAUCUGCACAAAAAUCAAAUAAAAUCUGUUUCCAUCUAUGCUUUUGAUUUUCUUACUGAAUUAAGAAAUAUUUCAUUGAGUAAUAAUAAAUUAGAGUCAUGGAACGGAGAUUAUUUAUCAGAAAAUAAAAAACUUGAGUAUAUUUGGUUGGAGAGCAAUAAAAUCAAAGAUUUAAAUCCAACAUCAUUCGAUGGAAAAAGUAAUUUAAAAUACAUAGACUUGCAGAAUAAUCAGUGCAUAGAUAAUUUUUAUUACACGGCAAGUUUCUCAUCAAUGAAAGAAAAAAUUCAGGCAAGUUGUCAGUAAAAAGAGUCUAUUGAAAAAUCAGAUGAAUUAGUAAUUAGUGAUUAUAUAUUUUGCAAUUAAGUAAAUUGAUGAAGGCUUAAUUUAAAUAUUACAAUUUUUUGGGGGUUCAAUUUAAAUGAUUUCAUCAUUAUCAGCCAAUAAAUAAAAAAAAAAUUUUUCCUUUUUCUCAAAAAAAAUUCAAUUGAUAGCAACAGUAAUCAACAAACAGAAGCAAUAGAACUAAAAUCACAUAAAAUAACUCACGUCGACAUUUACACAAGAAAACAUUAUUGUGCGUCUUGAAUAAUUUUCCAAUUUUUAUUUUUUGCUGAUUCGAAAUGCAAUAAAUGAGUUGUUCUGAUGACAUAGGGAAGAGGAGAUUGUCAACGCAUGUGAGGGGUAAAUUCCUUUUAUUGUUAUAAGAACCCGCACGAACAUUAAAUUUAAGAAAGGAAAGAAAAGAUUUUGUUUUUGGAUACAUAAAAUUGCUACAUUUUGUGCCAUAAAAGUAAGGAAGA